AUGGCUGACAUUGAAACACCUGGAAUGGACGAAUCCUUCGCGGCGUCCGAAGCUGGUGAUGAUCAGGGUCAUGGUAUGACCGCUAGCGCGACGGUCGGCACAAGACGCCAGGCAAAUGGCACGAUCGGUUCUGUCUAUUCAGGUAAUAAAAUUCGACACCUCAAGAAAGAAGAUGGCAUCCCAUUAUGGCGUAAAGAUAUCCAAUACCAGUUUCUCAAGCUAGUCUUUGAGGAUAAGACGCCUGCGUUCACGCGAUACCCAGACGGCGAGCAGAAGCUGGACUUUGCCGACGUCUAUAUUGACGCCAUGGCAAGGAGUAGCAAGACAAGCAAGAUUCUCAAAGACAAGCUGCAAAAUGAUAAACCAGCAGCGAUUAGCAUGGCGAUGGUCUGUUUGCUUGUGAACUUUGGCCGCAUGAACACAACUCUUAACUUUUUCCCUGAGAUGCGUGCCCAACUACGAACCUACCAUUCCAUUCCCUCCCUCCAAGCCCACCAGGAUUCGAAUGCCUACAAGCAGCUGCAGGAUGCUCCGCGCCUGAAGUCCAUCCUCAAGGGCGCCUCCGAAGAUGUCGAUCAACCAAACACUUUGGAGAAGAUCAAGGCCUUGACCGUUCCUCGAACAAAUCCUGUCAACCUGAUAUUUGUUUUGGCACAGUAUGCGCCAAAAGUAUCUGAGAUGCAUUUCUUCCCUCCGCGUGAUUUCUUUGAUUUAGUGAUGCGGUCCACAUUGAGUAGUGAAAGCAGAGCGAAGGCAUUUUUAUGGUUGAUGUGGUGGUACUUGGAAAGCGAUUUCACUCGUGAGGCUGCUUUGAACAACCCAUUUGGACCAGGCUUGGAAGGAGAAGGAGCUGAGGGAUUACCUCUGAAGGUGCCCGCUUUUGAGAGCUUGACUGAGGAUCAGGCAAAUGAUGAAAAUGUGGACACAGUGGAGGAACUGGAAUAUGGGGAAACAAAGAGACUUGAGCGCAAACGCAUUCUUGAAGAAGAUGACCCUCUCCCCCGUAUCGUUAAGCGCCCAAAGAAAGAAUACGGUUUUGACGAAGAAUCCCUCGCCGGUGACUAUUCAGGUCUAGGAGGACGAGGCUCUGCAAUGUCUACACCCCAACACCCAUCUGCUAAGCGGAGCUUGGAUGAUGACGAUGAUGAAAUGACCCCAAGUUCAUCUCGACCCCGCAACAAACAAGUCAAGCGAGACUCAUCUCUUAACAGAACCGUGGGUCAACAACGACUCAUUUUGAAGACUAGAAUGGAUCAUACCCCGAAUGCCUCCCCCGCUCCCUCCGGUUCUGGGAUGAUGGAUCGUUUCGUUGCGGAGCCGUCCCUCACCCAGUCCAGCAGCCGUCGGCCUCGCCCUCUGACACAGCACCAAAUCGCUGUGGAGCAAAACCGCCGUCAACGCAUCGAGUAUCUGCUUGCUAAGCGACGAAGCAAUGCCUACCGUGUUCUCCGAGCCAAGCGCAACAGUGAAAUCCCUUUUGUGCGAUACGGACGUCUGCUUCAAAGCUUGCCGGAGGGAUAUGAUACUGAAGAGGAAGGCUCAUGGGGUAAAGGUGGCCUCCUCCCUAAUCCCGAUCAAGAGGAUGACUUCGGCGAGUGCGCCAACUUUUUCCUUUCUGUCGUUCGCAAAGCAACCCGUCGCCUUGAUCGCUGGGAUUACGAAGACGCCAAUGGCCCCAAGAAAGAUCGCCAGAAGGAGCGUGAGGAAAGACAGAGAGCGAAGGCUGCCCUUGAAGCCGAUCUCCGAGCUGCCAGUAAUCGGUCCCGACCUCGUCCUUCUCGUGGUGGUGCUGCCGCAAAGCGCAAGUCAACAGGUCCCACGUCUACCCCCGGCAAUGCCAAAAAGUCAGCAUCUCGCAGCAAGGGUGGUCGCAAUCCUCCUGCAGGCGCCGGUGCUGGUGCCGGUGGCGUGGCCUGGGAUUCCGAACGUGCUGGUGGAGAUGAAGAAAUAGAGGGUGAACUGGACGACCUUGACCGAGAGUUACUGGGAGAGGUCUCUGGUGACGAUGAUGUACCUCAACGGGCUGGAUCUCAUGAUGGAGAUUCGUCUGACGACUCUGGAGAUGAUGACGAUGCAAUUGAUGGAGAUGAGAUCUCGUCUGCGUAUGAUGCUCCUAAUGGAUAUGCACGACAUGAGAGCUCAUCCCCGUUCCUGAGGGAGCUGCUGAGCGACCAAAUGAUCGGGAUGAUGCCAUGGAAGAUUGAAGGGUGUUACCCAAACUUCAAUCCUUGUAUGAUGACCUUCUAG